UCCCGGUAUCUCCAAGCAUCUGGGUCUCUGUGGGCUUUUAGCUCUCUUAAGGACUCCAGUGAUUUAAUUAAGAUCCACCCUGGAUGGGCGGGGCCACAACUCUGUGGAAAUAAUCUAAGCCAAAGGUCCCGCUCCACACGAUUGGAUUAAAAGAUCAUGGCUCUUGAUUACUCAUGCCAGUGCCGUCAAGAUGGAGAAGUAUGCACGGGAGCUCUGCCCCUGGAGAAUUGUGGAUGACUGUGGUGGGGCCUUUAUGAUGGGUACCAUAGGCGGUGGUAUCUUUCAAGCUAUCAAAGGUUUUCGCAAUUCCCCAGUGGGAGUAAACCACAGACUACGAGGGAGUUUGACAGCUAUUAAAACCAGGGAGCCACAGUUCGGAGAUAGCUUUGCAGCUUGGGGAGGUCUGUUUUCCAUGAUUGACUGUGGUGUAGUUGAAGUCAGAGGGAAAGAAGAUUCCUGGAACUCCAUCACAAGCGGUGCCUUAACAGGAGCCAUACUGGCAGCAAGAAAUGGACCAGUGGCCAUGGUUGGGUCAGCUGCGAUGGGUGGCAUUCUAGCUUUAAUUGAAGCAGCUGGUAUCUUGUUGACAACAUUUGCCUCUACGCAGUUUCCCAGUGUUCCUCAGUUUACUGAAGACCCCUCCCAGUUGCCUUCAACUCAGUUACCAUCUUCACCUUUUGGAGUCUAUCGACAAUAUCAGUAGGACUGGUGCUCCAGAGUUUCUUUAACAGAAUGAGCUGUAUUUCAAGAAGGAUUUCAGAAGACCAAGUUACAGUCUGUUUUUAAAACCAGCAGUGAGACAACUAUGGCCAAAUAGGCUAUGAAGAGACAUUUAGCAGUCUUUUCCUUUUUAAAGGAACGUGGUGGGGAGAACAGUUUACUUUUAAAUACUUUUGUUUGUUCACUCUUGGAUUGCAUUUGUGAUCUAAAUAAAUGUCUGCUAUCAUAAAUAGGAAAUCCAAUAAGUACUUAGAAGAUGAAGGACCAAAGGGCCAAUAACAGUAAAAGUAGAAUAUGACUAUUAUUUCCUUGGGGACUUCUCUGCCUGGUUUUGUGUGUUCUGUUAUUCAAACAAUAAAAAACUUCUGGAACUUGCUCUUUCUUUUAAGAUAAGUUGUAGAGUUCUACUGUUUCAUCCUUGAAUAUUACCAGUAAUGCAAAGUCCAUUCAAAACUGCAUGUUUUAUAGUUAGUACCUCAUUUCACUUGAAGUGAAUUGUGUGUAAGAAGAAUUAAGCAGUCAACAUGAAUCAUUCCAGAGUAAAGUACUUUACUCUUUAAAGGAUGUGGUAAAAUAUUUAUCCUUUACUUUGAAAAUAAAAUACAUUAUGUCUUGAUGCUGAGUAUGUUGGCUACAAAGCUAUUACCUUUAGGGCUACUGUGCCUUGAUUCCUGAUCACCAGAAACCUCACCAGAAACAACUUGCUUCCAACAUACCCAAUCCUAUAUGAGAAGACUUCAAAGAGGAUACAGUUGUCACUGGAAAAGUUUGGUUUUUAUUGUUUGCUUGAAAAUAAAAUACAUGUUUUUAAUGUGUUCAAAAAACAAAAAACAAACAAAAAAAGAUCGUGGCUUUUCUGGGGUCCGUAACAGCUUCAAACCGGCACAAGGAAUGUAACAGGGUAUCAUUACAGAUCCUGUGGCCAUUAAAGAAACUCAACAGUGUAGAGGAAAUGGACCAAUAUUUAGAUAAAAUACCACAGUGAAACCAAGGUGAAAUAGAUAAUCUGAAUAUUCUAUAACCAUCGAAGAAUGUGAAUUUGUAAUUUAAAAGUUCCUGAGAAAGAAAUACUGAUUCAUUGGAAAAUUUUACCAAAGACGAGGUAACAAAUUUUGCACAAUCUCUUCCAAAAUGUAGAACUCAUUUUAUGAGACUAGAUUUAUCUCAUAUCAAAACCUAAUAGAGACAGUACAAGAAAUGAAAACCACAAACUAAUACCUCUCAUGAAUUAGAUACAAGAAUAUUCAACAAAAUAUUAACAAAUAAAAUCCAGCAAUAUAUAAAAGGAAUUAUAUCCAGAUCCAAGUAGGAUUUAUUCUAGGAAUGCAAAGCUGGUUCCACAUUCAAAAUUUAAUGUAACCUACCAUAUAAGAAACUCGAGAAGAAAAUUCAUAUGAUCAUAUUAAUUGAUAAAAAAGCAUGUGACAGAAUCUAACACCCAUUGAUUUUUUUUUUUAAACCCUCAGAAAACUAGGGAUUGAGGGGACUUUCUCAACCUCAUAAAGGGCACCUAUGAGAAAACAGCAGCCAACAUCAUAGUUAUUGGUGAAAGUCAAUCAUUUUCCCCCAAGUCAGGAACAAGGCAAGGCUGUCCAAUUUCACUACUUGUAUUAAACAGAGUACUGGAAGUUCACUAAGGCAAGAAAAGAAAAGAAAAUGCAUACAUAUUAGAAAGGAAGAAAGAACUCAGUCUUUAUUUGUAGGGGACUUGCAGGUCUACAUAGAAAAUCCUGAAGAAUGUACAAAAAAAUGGUUAGAACUAAUAAGUGAAUUCACCUGAGUCACAGGAUGCAAGAUCACUGAGCAAAACUCAAUUAUAUAUUAUAUACUAAUAAUGACAUGCGAAGUCUGAAAUUAAAAACUAUCAUUUACAGUCGCUUUAAAAAUGAAAUACAUAGUGUGAAUAUAAUGAAAUAUGUGCAGGACCUAUAUGCUGAAAAUUCUAACAUGCUGAAGAAGGAAGUCAAAGAAGACAAAUAAAUGUAGGAACAUACCAUGUUCAUGAAUUGGAAGACUUAACAUAGAAAAGAUGUCAAUUCUUUCCUUGCUGAUAUACAGGUUUAACACAAUUCCUGUUGAAAUCUCACCAAGACUUUGUAAACAAGGUUGUUCUAAAAAUUAUGAAAAGGUAAAAGAGGUAGAAUAGCUAAAACAAAUUUGAAAAAAGAACAAAAUGGGAGGAAUCAUUCUAUGUGAUUUCAAGUUUUAUAUAUCUAGCAUAUUUAAGGCUGUGUAGUAUUGGCAGAAGGAUGGACUCAUAGAUAUACUGACACAUAGAUCAAUAGAGGAUCCCAGAAAUAGACUCACAAAUGUGCUCAACUGAUUUUUUAACAAAGAUGCAAAACCAAUUCAAUGGAAGGAGAGCAUAUUCAGAAAAUGGUGCUGGAGUAAUUGGAUAUCCACAGGCAAAAAUGAACCUUGAGCUAAAUGUCACACCUAAUAUAAAAAUUAACUCAAUGUGGAUCAUAUUUAAAUGUAAAACUAUAAAAAUUUUAGAUGGAGACAUAGGAGAAAAUCUUCAGCAACUUCAGCUUUGAGAAGAAGACUUAGACCUGACACCAAAAGCAUGAUCCAUUAAAAAAAGACAAUCAAUUUGAUUUCAUCAAAAUGAAAAACCUUGCUCUGUGAAAGACCCCCGCAACGAGGAUGAAAUUAUAAGGUACGGACUAGACUGGGAGAAAAUAUUUGCAAACCAAAUGUUUUGGUUUGCUAAAGCUGCCAGAAUGCAGUAUACCAGAAAUGGUGUGGCUUGUG